AUGACCGCGAGUGGUGGCCACCCAACCAAAAUCAAAUUAUCAACGAGAUCGCUGCGAUCUCAGCAGCCCCAAGAGAUGGAGCUUACAGAUACAGCCACCGAUACCCACGAUCAUCUCCCGGCAGCCACUGAUCCCGAUCUCGACGAGCCACACACGUAUCACCAAGAUGCUUAUCAAGAAGAUGACCAAAUCCAGCAGCAGGCGCAGGCACAGCUCGAGCCACAGAAUGUCUCUGGAUCUGAAUUUGGUGAUGAGGAUAUUCCUGAGCCAGAGCAGUCUGAUUACGACGACGAUCUCACUCCUCCUCCAAAGCGCGCUGGUAGAACUUCCACUCGACGUGCACCGCCUAAGAAACGCGCUGUCGAGGAAGAAUACCAAGACGACGGCAGUGAAUAUGAAAGUGAUGAAUACAAUGCUAGAAGAAGCCGUCCAACACGCGGUCGCCCCUCCACCCGUAGCCGAGUCCACCAUUUCGUUCAAUUCGACGGCGGCGAUGGUGACGACGAGGAGUUUUCUCUGCGUGGCAAUCGUCGUCGUUUGCGAAAUGCUGGCGACGAUCCACCUGAGCCUGUCACUCGCUCAAGCAGACAGUCACGAUCUGUGGUGCCCUAUUUCCCUCCAAAAGAAGUCAUACAGGAGCGCCACGAAAAGCUUGCCAAUGAGCGUGCCGAUAGAGCUGAAAGAAGGAGGACUAUCAUGUAUACGGAUGACGAAGACGACGACUCCCCAGAACGUCGCAACUACUCUCUUAGAACAAGACGUGAGCGUCCCAAUUACGUUCUUCCUCCUCCUGUCCUUGAUGUCAGAGAGCGUCCUGAAAAGAUUGGCCGCUUGCCUUCCUUCACUGCUCUUCAACACCCCAGUAUCGACUUGGUGCCUUGGAACCGUCGUGGUGGUCUUGAUGACUCCGACACCGACGAUGACCUUUCGCCCAGAAAACGCCCUCAACCUGCACCUGCAAAUCUGGCCGGUGGCGGUGGUGGGCUACUAGCGCCAGGAGAAGGCAUGGGAAUGGACAAUUUAGGCACAGGUGGUCCUAGCAACCUGGGUAAGAUCGGUGAUGCAGCAUUCGCCGAUACAGAUCCACUCGGUGUGAAUACAAAGAUCUCAUUCGAGUCUAUUGGUGGUCUAGAUGAGCAUAUCCGACAACUCAAGGAAAUGGUUUCUCUCCCACUCCUAUAUCCCGAAGUUUUUCAACGUUUCAGCAUCACUCCUCCACGAGGUGUCCUCUUCCACGGUCCACCCGGCACUGGUAAAACGCUGAUAGCUCGCGCUCUUGCAGCAAGCUGCUCGAGCGAGAAUCAAAAAAUAUCUUUCUUCAUGCGCAAAGGUGCAGACUGUCUGAGCAAAUGGAUUGGAGAAGCUGAACGUCAACUGCGACUAUUAUUCGAUGAGGCCAAGGCAUGUCAACCGUCUAUCAUCUUUUUUGAUGAAAUAGAUGGUCUUGCGCCGGUGCGUUCUUCGAAACAAGAGCAGAUCCAUGCAUCUAUCGUGUCAACCCUCCUCGCUUUGAUGGACGGCAUGGAUGGACGUGGGCAGGUUAUUGUUAUCGGCGCUACCAAUCGCCCUGAUGCUGUUGAUCCUGCUCUUCGCCGUCCGGGCAGAUUCGAUCGAGAGUUCUACUUCCCUCUGCCAAAUGAGAAGGCGCGGAGUAAAAUAAUAGAAAUCAACACCAAAGAUUGGAAUCCUCCUCUCGAGCCUCAAUUUCUAGAUAAGCUUGCAAAUCUCACUAAGGGCUACGGGGGUGCUGAUAUUCGCGCUCUCUGUACUGAGGCUGCACUAAACGCUGUUCAGCGUAGGUAUCCGCAAAUCUACAAGACGAACGACAGACUGCUUCUCGACCCGAAAAGCAUAAACGUACAAGCCAAAGACUUCAUGAGGUCUAUCAAUAAGCUAACACCGUCGUCUGCGCGCUCAAGUGCCACGUCGGCAGCACCCCUCCCCCACCAUCUUACACCCUUGCUUGGUGGUGCACUAGAUGAAUCGAAGAAGGUAGUCGACAAAGUGAUUCCACGCACUGAAGAGAAGAGCGUAAUCGAAGAAGCCGAAUAUGAAGAUGACGUUGGUGAAGAUGGUGGCUUCUCACUUGAGGUGAUGCGCCAAAACAUGAACUCGAUGCGCACAUUCCGUCCAAGGAUGAUGGUUUAUGGAGAAGAAGGUAUGGGACAGGCCUUCAUAGGUCCUGCACUUCUGCAUUAUUUGGAAGGGUACAACGUACAAUCGCUAGAUCUGGCUACACUGCUCAGCGAUUCGACGCGCACUGUCGAAGCCGCAUGUGUACAGCUAAUACUCGAAGCGAAACGUACAAAACCAUCCAUUAUAUACAUACCAGCGUUACAUGAAUGGUGCAAUGUUAUUUCAGAAGCGGCAAGAGCAACUGUAACAGCACUCCUCAAUACUAUAUCCCCAUCAGAUCCUAUACUUGUUCUCGCAAUGCUAAACAAUAGUCCUGAUGAGCUGCCACGAGAUGUAAAAAGAUGGUUCGGUUUUGGCAGAGACUCUAAAGUCGCUUUGAAUGGUUUCUCAGAGGAGCAAAUUACAGAGUAUCUGAUGGAAUUGAUCAAUAUGAUCAAACUUAAACCAUCUCAAUUUCCAGAUACGGGAAGGCGUAAAAAACGUAAAUUGGAAAUACUUCCAGUAGCGCCCCCGAUGAAACCACGCGAGCCUACUGACAGAGAGCUGAAUGCGCUGCUCGAAAAUGAUGCUAGAAUUCGUGAGCAUCUUAAAUGGAGAUUAGGUGCUGUGCUCGAGCAGCUCAAGAAGAAGUUUAGGAGAUUUAUGAAAUCUUUCGCUGACGAAAUUGCUAUGGUUCUUCCAUUACCCGUCAACACUCACAACAACGGCUCAGUCAAUGCGCUCGCUCGAUCGGAUUUGAUGGCGGAUAAUGAUAAUCAGCAGCCACAGACUCAGCAUGACAGUGAGGCCAAGGAGCAGGACGAGGAUGAGGAGGAGCACGCGAAGGAGCAGCCGAAUGACCAAGACAAAGACACACAAGUACAGCCAAUGACCAACGGUGUUGUUGAUGGAGAUGUGCUAGAGUAUGACAAGGUAUCUGAUGAAGCGGGUGCCGACGAGGUUAAGAAAGAUACUGAUCAUGUUCAAACCGGAGAUCAGCAAAUGGAGCAGACAGAAGAACCUGUUGAAGGAAGUCCCGAAAAAGAAGAUGAAGAGAAUGAUGACGCCAUAGAUGAAGAGAUGGCUGACUUUAUCCAACCGCCACAAGCUGCUAACAAAGAGAUUUCCAAAGACAGCGAAGAUGACGAGCCGAUCAUUGAGGAUAAGAACGAUGACGACUUUGAGCCAGAUGAAGAGGAGGAAGAAGCCCCACAAGAACCCGAUCUUCAACCAGUCCCACCAAAGCCUGAGGCAAAUCUACAGGAAAACAUGGAAAAAUCAUUAGAUGAAGAAUUAAUGGAAUUAUCGACAAUUCAGCCUGGAGAGGAUCACAGGACGCGUCUGAUGAUUUACGAUAUUGAUCUUGAAAAGAUUCAUUUCAAUGUAUACAAAGACAACUAUGUGAAUCCAGCGCAAUUCGUCGAUGAUGUCGCUAAGAUUGUCCAUAAUGCUGAACUUGAUCCUAGUGAUCAGGACAGGUUGUGGAAAGCACAGCAACUCCUCACGCAUGCAAGAGUAUUGGUUGAUCAGGCUUUCGAUGGCCCAUUUAGAAUAGAGUGUCAGCGUAUGGCCGACAGAGAAACUAAGAGGAUUGCAGAAUACAAAGAGAAGAGGAAGAGAGAAAAGGAGGCAUCUAAGAAUGUGUCGGAAGAAAAUGAGGCGGGUGCAGCUGACGGGGAACAACAAGAGCAACCAGAACAGCAACCAGAACAGCAACCAGAACAGCAAACACGAUCAGAGGAGCAAGACCAGUAUCAGCCGCAGCAAGACGGAAUUGCAGCUGCAGCUCCUGAACAAAAUGACCAGGCUGAACAAUCCGAACAAUCCGAAAAUGGCACAUCUCUCAAACGUCCCCGUGAAGGUGAAGGUGAUGGUGAUGGUGAGAACGGAGGAGAUGGACCUGAGACUAAGAAGGCCAAAGGAGAUGUAGAGAUGACUGAGAGUAGUCAACCAAUUGAUACUAGUCAAAAAGAAGAAGAGCUUCAAGAAGCUCCAAAGGAAGCCUCACAAGCUCCAAAGUCUCCAACGCCCGAAUCGGAACCUGAACCUGAACCUGAAUUCUUAGUCGACGAGAGUCAAUUGACUCAGUUACUCAAUGAGGCUGUGGCGUUGGUGAAAGAUUUCAACGCUGACGAGCUCGAGCAGACGAGAGCUAACAUUUCUAGCGUGAUAUGGCAACAUCGCGAAGAAUGGAACCGACAAAGCACGAUUGAAGCUGUGAGAUCUGCUUUGCACAGCUGCAAAUAUGAUGUAGACAUGUAA